AUGCAAGAGACAACUAAGGUUGCAGUAAGCAAGCUUCCAGAAAAAGCUGAAGCUAAUGAGCAUGUCAGUGAUUUGCUACAGAGCAUGCGGGCCCUGGGGGGAAGCAUUGGCUUGGGUCAUCCACUACGUUCACACAUGGAUGUCAUUGAAAAUAAGGUCCCUUCAGAGCUCCUAGAUAGAGUUCGCCAGCACCCCACUCCUGACUCCCCGCAUGCAGAUGUACCCUCCGAGAAGGCACUCGUCAGGUUGCACAAGCAGUUAAUAAAGGCCCUGCAAAACCAGAGACGCGUGGAGACUCAGUGGGGCUUGCUAGUGGAGAACAUUGCAUACUUGGAAGACACUCACCGGAAUGCAGUCUCUCAUGAUACCUCGUUCAAGCACUCAACUCCACCCCGAAGGCAUUAUCUCAUCUCUUAUGUUUAUACCCCUACUGUAGGUUAG